CACCGCGCUUCCGCCAUCUUCCUCAGCCCAGCCGCCCGCCCAGUUCUCUGAGAGGGAAAGAGGAGGGAAGGCGAGGAAAAAAAGAAGGAGAAGAACGAACGAGGAGGGGGUGGAAAUAUUAAAAAUAAAAAGAGCGGAGAGACGCAUCGUCCAGACGCAGCAUGGCCGCCCCACAAGGAGAACCCCAAGUACAGUUUAAGCUUGUUUUGGUUGGUGAUGGUGGUACUGGUAAAACAACAUUUGUAAAACGCCAUUUGACUGGCGAAUUUGAGAAGAAGUAUGUAGCUACUCUGGGUGUUGAAGUCCAUCCUUUGGUGUUCCAUACUAACAGAGGUCCUAUUAAAUUUAAUGUAUGGGACACAGCUGGGCAGGAGAAGUUUGGAGGUCUGCGAGAUGGCUACUAUAUACAAGCUCAGUGUGCCAUCAUAAUGUUCGAUGUAACAUCAAGAGUUACAUACAAGAACGUACCCAACUGGCAUAGAGAUCUGGUACGGGUGUGCGAGAACAUCCCCAUAGUUCUGUGUGGCAACAAAGUGGAUAUCAAGGAUAGGAAAGUCAAAGCAAAGUCUAUUGUCUUUCACCGGAAGAAGAAUCUGCAGUACUACGAUAUUUCAGCCAAGAGUAACUACAACUUUGAGAAGCCCUUCCUGUGGCUGGCAAGGAAACUAAUUGGAGAUCCCAACCUGGAAUUCGUUGCCAUGCCUGCUCUUGCACCCCCAGAGGUUGUUAUGGAUCCAGCACUGGCAGCACAGUAUGAGCAAGAUUUACAGAUUGCUCAGACCACUGCACUGCCAGAUGAAGAUGAUGACCUGUGAGGGAGUGAAGCUGGAGCCCAGCGUCAGAAGUCUAGUUUUAUAGGCAACUGUCCUGUGAUGUCAGUGGUGCAGCGUGUUUGCCACUUUAUUAUUCUAGCUGAGCAGAACAUGUGCUUUAAUCUUUGGGAUGCUGAAAGAGAGAAUGGGCUUUGGAGUGAAUGUGGCAGUUAAAAAAAACACCCUUCAUUUUGGACGUGCAUAUUUAGCUGUUUUGGACUGCAAUUUACGCCCCAUUUGAGUUACAAAUUUGACUGCUGCAGUUGCAUCACAGUAUUCAGUGGUAAAUCUUGUUUGUUACUGUCAUUCCCAUUCCUUUUUGUUUAGAUCAUAAUAAAGUUGUAUUUCAAAUAUCCAA